CAAACCCGCUGCAGAGGUCAAGUUCCGGACUUCGCAACUCAACAAUAAUGAUCUAACUAUUCGAGACCCGCGUACAGCAUCGGCUGUUUCUCAGGUGUGUGGACGAUUCCCAUUGGUUUUCUUUGAAAGAAGUGUAUGCGUCUUGUCGUCCCGAAUGCCGCUCCUAUGAUGAGAUGUAACCCUUUCUCUAGUGAUGCGAUGGCGUGCUCAUUUUGAGCAACGCUAUCGCAAAGUCAUGAUCACCCAUUAUAUUUUCAUAGUUACUCUGAUUGCGGUGGCCUGAUGCUUUCCUUACGAAUACUAUUGUUCCGAUUGCCAGACAACCCAGACAACUGACAGCUUAUGGCAGGAAAAGGAUAAUGCUGGUCCAGGCUGGUUUGAACUGCCCAAGACGGAUCCAAAUGAUAAGGAGUUGAGGCGAGAUCUCCAACUGCUCAGAAUGCGAGGGACUGCCCUCGAUCCCCAGCGUCAUUACAAGAAGGACUCGCUGAAGCCUCGAAUACCCCGCUACGCCCAUAUCGGCCGCAUCAUCGAAGGACCAACGGAAUUCUACAGUUCUCGGCUCACACGUAGAGAACGAAAGCGUACAUUAGUACAAGAAAUCAUGGCCGCGGAGGCGGCAUCGACCAAAUUCAAGUCCAAGUAUGAGAACAUUGGGGCCCAGAAGUCGAGUGGGAAAAAAGCAUUUUAUAAGAAGUUAGUAGCGCAUAGGCGUCGCCGCAAUUGAGACAUCUCUAGACCCGGUUUUCCCUGUCAUCCUGCUCUUCGUACGGAGGUAGUUCUACUCUGGCCUCCGUCGGUGUAACCUUAAUACACAAUGGGUGU